CUGCGCGGUCUCCGGGAGACCAGAGGGGCCGGCACCGGCGCGCACGAGGGACUGCCAUUCCGCUCCCCCCUGGGCGCCCACCGGCCAACUGCCACCACGCCAUCCCCCCCCCCCCCCGGACACCCCCGCAGGACCCAGGACGCGGACACCUCCACCUUGGCCUUUCCACUCCUUCAGGCUGCCCUGCCAGCAGUCCUCCUAGGAGCUCUCGUCCUCAACUUGGCCUCUUGGAUUUCCUCUGCCAGGGUCGUGACUAGUGGAUAUUACCGCCGGCUGCUGCGGCCCCAGUGCCUUUUGUCUUUUCUGUUUGAACUCCGGGCAGGCCGAGUGCCAAGCAUCGCCUAGGACGCCCGGCGGGAGGCGGGAUUGCGGAGGCAGCCUUCCGCGAAGUGCAUGUGUUUUUGCAAACCGCCCUGAACGUUGGCUGUCGGGAGACAGCGAGGACUAGCCCCUGCCGCCGAGGAGCCGCGCUGGUCUCCGGGAGCAGCUCCCCGCGCCCCCUGGCUGUGCGCCCGCCUGUGCGCCCCAGCGCGCCAUGCCCAGUGGCCCUGCACGCACGGUUCCUGGCCCACGGGGCUCCUGCGCCUUCUAGCUCCAGGGAGCCCACUUUCAUCAAGGACAGCGUUCCUAUUGAGCCUCCCUCUUCUGCCUCGGAGCCUCCCCGCCGGAAUCGGAUUCGCAGAGGAGGUGGUGGAACCCGAGCAGGCCCAUUCCCCGCGCCACGGGCUCUUGCAUCUUCGCGGCUAUUGAGAGCCCAGUUCUUUCCCACCAAGUUGGACUUGGCGACUCGUGAUCUCCUCCCGGCUUCUCCGGGGUCUUCGAACAGCCUCAGCCAGACCGAUUCAUCUUCAGGACCUAAAGUUCUUCAAGGAGCGCCCGCCCCGCUGGAGUAGGGUGGAGGGGAGGUGGGAGGCGGGUACCUGUGUCAAGCUCUUCUACCUUGAAUAUUAGAACUGUUACGUCCGCCUUAUUUCGUGCACAUCGACCCCGACACUCUGGGCUGCUAGCCCUGCACCAGACCCUGGGCCUCAGCCCCAGCGCGUUGGGCGCCCAGCAGCGUGCGGUAGAGGAACCACCGGCACUGGCGAGCGAGGAGGCGGCGGCGGGGGAAGAUGCGCGGCGGCGGCUGGCAGACGCUGUCCCUGGCUCUGGGCUUGGCGCUGGCGAUCCUGAACGAGGUGGCGUCUCAGGCGUGUCCGGCGCAGUGCUCCUGCUCGGGCAGCACGGUGGACUGUCACGGACUGGCGCUGCGCAGGGGGCCCAGGAACAUCCCCCGCAACACCGAGAGCUGUGAGGAUUUGAAUGGAAAUAACAUCACACGGAUUACCAAAAUGGAUUUUGCCGGCCUUAGACAUCUAAGAGUUCUUCAGCUCAUGGAGAACAAGAUCAGCACCAUUGAAAGAGGAGCAUUCCAGGAUCUUAAAGAACUGGAGAGACUGCGUUUAAACAGAAAUCACCUUCAGCUGUUUCCUGAGUUGCUGUUUCUUGGGACUUCGAAGCUCUACAGGCUAGACCUCAGUGAAAACCAAAUUCAGGCAAUUCCAAGGAAGGCUUUCCGUGGAGCAGUAGACAUUAAAAAUUUGCAACUGGAUUACAACCAGAUCAGCUGUAUCGAAGAUGGGGCGUUCAGGGCUCUCCGGGACCUGGAAGUGCUCACUCUCAACAAUAACAACAUUACCAGACUUUCUGUGGCGAGUUUCAACCACAUGCCUAAGCUUAGGACUUUUCGACUGCAUUCCAACAACCUGUACUGUGACUGCCACCUGGCCUGGCUCUCGGACUGGCUGCGGCAGAGGCCUCGCGUGGGCCUCUACACUCAGUGCAUGGGCCCCUCCCACCUGAGGGGCCAUAAUGUAGCCGAGGUUCAGAAGCGAGAAUUUGUGUGCAGUGGUCACCAGUCAUUUAUGGCUCCUUCUUGCAGCGUCCUGCACUGUCCAGCCGCUUGCACCUGUAGCAACAACAUCGUAGACUGCCGUGGGAAAGGUCUGGCGGAGAUCCCCACAAAUCUGCCUGAGACCAUCACAGAAAUACGUCUGGAACAGAACUCAAUCAAGGUCAUCCCUCCUGGAGCUUUCUCACCAUAUAAAAAGCUUAGAAGAAUCGACCUGAGCAAUAAUCAGAUCUCCGAACUAGCACCAGAUGCCUUCCAAGGACUGCGCUCCCUGAAUUCACUUGUUCUCUAUGGAAAUAAAAUCACAGAACUUCCAAAGGGUUUAUUUGAAGGAUUAUUUUCCUUACAGCUACUAUUAUUGAACGCCAACAAGAUAAACUUGCGGGUAGAUGCUUUCCAGGACCUGCACAACCUGAACCUUCUCUCCUUGUACGACAACAAGCUCCAGACCAUCGCCAAGGGGACCUUCUCACCUCUCCGGGCCAUUCAGACCAUGCAUUUGGCCCAAAACCCCUUUAUUUGUGACUGCCAUCUCAAGUGGCUCGCGGAUUAUCUCCACACCAACCCGAUCGAGACCAGUGGUGCCCGCUGCACCAGCCCCCGGCGUCUGGCAAACAAAAGAAUCGGACAGAUCAAAAGCAAGAAAUUCCGUUGUUCAGCUAAAGAGCAGUAUUUCAUUCCAGUACACAUCCCCCAGUACACAUCCCCCAGUACACAUCCCCCAGUACACAUUCUCCAGUACACUGCAGAACUGCGUCUCAAUAAUAAUGAAUUCACCGUAUUGGAAGCUACAGGAAUCUUCAAGAAACUUCCUCAGUUACGUAAAAUAAACUUUAGCAACAAUAAGAUUACAGACAUUGAAGAGGGAGCUUUCGAAGGAGCAUCUGGUGUAAAUGAAAUACUUCUCACUAGUAAUCGUUUGGAAAAUGUGCAGCAUAAGAUGUUCAAGGGAUUGGAAAGCCUCAAAACAUUGAUGUUGAGAAGUAAUCGCAUCAGCUGUGUGGGGAAUGACAGCUUCAUAGGGCUGAGUUCUGUGCGGCUGCUUUCCUUAUAUGAUAAUCAAAUUACUACGAUUGCACCAGGGGCCUUUGACACUCUCCAUUCCUUAUCUACUCUAAACCUCUUGGCCAAUCCUUUCAACUGUAACUGCUACCUGGCUUGGUUGGGAGAAUGGCUCCGGAAGAAAAGAAUUGUAACGGGCAACCCUCGCUGUCAGAAACCCUACUUCCUCAAGGAGAUCCCCAUCCAGGAUGUGGCCAUUCAAGACUUCACCUGCGAUGAUGGAAAUGAUGACAAUAGCUGUUCCCCACUGUCCCGCUGUCCCGCGGAGUGCACCUGCUUGGACACAGUGGUCCGAUGUAGCAACAAGGGCUUGAAGGGUUUGCCCAAAGGAAUCCCAAGAGAUGUCACUGAAUUAUACCUGGAUGGGAAUCAAUUCACAUUGGUUCCGAAGGAACUCUCUAACUACAAACAUUUAACACUUAUAGACUUAAGUAACAACCGAAUAAGCACCCUUUCUAACCAGAGCUUCAGCAACAUGACCCAGCUCCUCACCUUGAUUCUUAGUUAUAACCGUCUGAGAUGUAUCCCUCCGCGAACCUUCGAUGGAUUGAAGUCUCUUCGAUUACUUUCUUUACAUGGAAAUGACAUUUCUGUUGUGCCUGAAGGUGCUUUCAACGAUCUUUCUGCAUUAUCACACCUAGCAAUUGGAGCCAACCCUCUCUACUGUGACUGUAACAUGCAGUGGUUAUCCGAGUGGGUGAAGUCGGAAUAUAAAGAACCGGGUAUUGCCCGUUGCGCCGGACCUGGAGAAAUGGCGGAUAAACUGUUACUCACAACUCCGUCCAAAAAAUUCACAUGUCAAGGUCCUGUGGAUGUGACUAUUUUAGCUAAGUGUAAUCCUUGCUUAUCAAAUCCAUGCAAAAAUGAUGGCACCUGUAACAAUGAUCCAGUUGACUUUUAUCGCUGUACCUGUCCAUAUGGUUUCAAGGGGCAAGACUGCGAUGUCCCAAUUCAUGCAUGUAUCAGUAACCCAUGUAAACAUGGAGGAACUUGCCACUUAAAAGAAGGUGACAAAGAUGGAUUCUGGUGUAUUUGUGCUGAUGGAUUUGAAGGAGAACACUGUGAAAUCAAUAUUGAUGACUGUGAGGAUAAUGACUGUGAAAAUAAUUCUACUUGCGUUGAUGGGAUUAACAACUACACAUGCCUUUGCCCACCUGAGUACACAGGCGAGUUGUGUGAGGAGAAGCUGGACUUCUGUGCCCAGGACCUGAACCCCUGUCAGCACGACUCCAAGUGCAUCCUGACGCCAAAGGGAGUCAAAUGUGACUGCACCCCAGGCUACAUCGGCGAGCACUGUGACGUGGAUUUCGAUGACUGCCAGGAUCACAAGUGUAAAAACGGGGCCCACUGCACGGACGCAGUGAACGGCUAUACGUGCAUCUGCCCCGACGGUUACAGUGGCUUGUUCUGUGAAUUUUCUCCGCCCAUGGUCCUCCCUCGAACCAGCCCCUGUGACAAUUUUGAGUGUCAGAAUGGAGCUCAGUGCAUCAUCAGGAUAAAUGAGCCCAUAUGCCAGUGUUUGCCUGGCUACCAGGGGGAGAAGUGUGAGAAGCUGGUUAGUGUGAAUUUUGUAAACAAGGAGUCCUAUCUUCAAAUUCCUUCGGCCAAGGUUCAGCCUCAAACGAACAUCUCACUUCAGAUUGCUACCGAUGAAGACAGUGGGAUCCUCCUGUACAAGGGGGACAAGGACCACAUCGCUGUAGAGCUCUACCGGGGACGCGUGCGCGCCAGCUACGACACCGGCUCUCACCCGGCCUCUGCCAUUUACAGCGUGGAGACGAUCAAUGAUGGAAACUUCCACAUUGUGGAGCUACUUGCCCUGGACCAGAGUCUCUCCCUCUCCGUGGAUGGAGGGAGCCCCAAAAUCAUCACCAACUUGUCAAAGCAGUCCACUCUGAAUUUUGACUCCCCACUCUAUGUAGGAGGCAUGCCCGGGAAAAACAACAACGUGGCCGCUGCCCUGCGCCAGGCCCCCGGGCAGAAUGGCACCAGUUUCCACGGCUGCAUCCGCAACCUCUACAUCAACAGCGAGCUGCAGGACUUCCGCAAGGUGCCCAUGCAAACCGGCAUUCUGCCCGGCUGUGAGCCGUGCCACAAGAAGGUGUGCGCCCACGGCACGUGCCAGGCCAGCAGCCAGUCUGGCUUCACCUGCGAGUGUGAGGAAGGAUGGACCGGGCCCCUCUGUGACCAGAGGACCAAUGACCCCUGUCUUGGAAAUAAAUGCGUGCAUGGCACCUGCCUGCCCAUCAACGCCUUCUCCUACAGCUGUAAGUGCCUGGAGGGCCACGGGGGCGUCCUGUGUGACGAAGAGGAGGACCUGUUUAACCCCUGCCAGGCCAUCAGGUGUAAGCACGGGAAAUGCAGGCUGUCGGGCCUGGGGCAGCCCUACUGCGAGUGCAGCAGCGGAUACACCGGGGACAGCUGUGACCGAGAAGUCUCCUGCCAAGGGGAGCGGAUCCGAGAUUAUUACCAAAAACAGCAGGGCUACGCCGCUUGCCAGACAACCAAGAAGGUGUCCCGGCUGGAGUGCAGAGGCGGGUGCGCGGGGGGCCAGUGCUGCGGGCCCCUGCGGAGCAAGCGGCGGAAAUACUCCUUCGAAUGCACUGACGGCUCGUCCUUCGUGGAGGAGGUCGAGAAGGUGGUCAAGUGCGGCUGCAGCAGGUGCGCCUCCUAACCGCCUCCCGGGGCUGCUGUCUUGGCAGAUGCUGUCUCCUGCUUGGCCACGCUGGACUCGCGAAUGCUUCCUAGUGGAAAUAUUUGAAAUAUAUUGUAAGAUACAGAACAGACUUAUUUUUAUUAUGAGAAUAAAGACUUUUUUUUUCUGCAUUUGGAAGAGAAAAAAAAUAGAAGUGCGUGAACCACAGCUUCCCCGACGCCGGAGAAGUGGGAAGGGCGGUCACCCGGAGGCAUUGGAACAGCGAUGGGGACGAAGCACAUACCCAGGGAGCCAACCGCGAGCCUGAACUUGAACUUGGCCCGAGCACAGGCCCGUGAGCCCGCAUCUGAGUCACUGCGGCCCACGGGGACCAAGCACAUGUGUGAGUGAGGAUGCGAGGCGGAGGGAUGGAGCCCAGGAGUCGCAGAUAGGACACAUGGAUGAGAAAUAUUUUGUGCAAAAUUUAGAGGCCCCGGGAGACCUGGGUCCCACUCGUGAGAGACAGGAUGGGGGUGCUAACAUGUUACCGUGUUUUUAUACAGGUCGGCAUGCUAGCACAAGAAGCACACAAAAGUGUUUAUCGACCGUUUUCCAGUAUUAAUUUUUUUGUAAUAUAAACGAUAAAGGAGAUGAUAAAGAACCAAUAGAUUAUUGAUAAAUAAAUUAGUAAUAUGAUUUUUUUUGUUUCUAUGAGUUCUAAACAGCCCUAUACAGUAUUCCGUUUUCAUGAGAAAUAUUUAUUGUAUCAAAGUACAUUGUACUUAACAUGUUAGGCCAUCCUUUUGCUGUUUCUUGAUGCUUUAAUAUAUAUUAAUUUAUAAUUGUCCUGAUAUUUUUGUACAUUUUUUCAAACUUAAAAAUCAGGAUCUUUUUGGCAAUAGUACUAACAUAGGGUGAUAUCUGGGGGUAAAGAUGUGUUGGUCUGUUGUUUACUUGGACAUCUGACCACUGGUGUCACUGACCUACUGGCCUCACUCAGGACACCUGCGGAGCCUUGUAAAGUCUAUGAGUGAGACAGUCCUUGUACAGAAAGUGGCCGCUGCAACUGUCCUCACAGAACAGAGAAGGCACGUAGCAAUCGACACUAGGAAGUAGAUCUGUUACAAAUUAAUACAUCCUUGACCCUUUUGGCCCUUUUGGGGAGUGGAGUGGCAAAAGAAAAGGCUGUAAUGACAAGAACUGUGAUUUUUUCCCCCAAAAACAAUAAAGCUCCUUUAUGACCCUAAUGUUCCCAUGUUAACAUGUUUGCUGCUAAAUUAUAAUGUAGAAUUGAGAGUGAUUUAUAGUGGACUGUGCUCUUCCCUCCUCAGAAUCCCAGGGUACCCUGUAAAGAUGCAGAUGUUUCUUUCCAAAAGCUCUUUUUACAAAGACAAUUAGAUGUACAUGUAUCAUUCGGAUGUGCUCUGUCUUUCUCCAGACUAAUAUCAGUGACACUACUGAUGUUUGUAAAUUAAACAGAUAUUUACUGCAUUAAAA